AUGACACCAUCCCAGAGAAAUGUGGAUGAUGGGAUCAUCGUUCAAAUCGAUGAGAGGGACGCGCGUUCACGCGGCCUUGCCUCACGCAAGCGAGCUCGAUUCGAAUUUUCGCCGGAGAUAGACCAGAACACUCGAAGCGGUGGGAGAAGAGAUGGUCCGGCUCAGCCACCUGAGGCCGAGAGUCAUAGCCGAGGGGGCACUGUGAUCUUACAGGAUGCGGACAAGAGGGCGUACCUGGAUGCGGAGACCUAUGCUCCGACCAAGUUUGGUGACUUUGCCACUUUCAUGCGCAACAAGAGAGCCAAGGUGAGCAUGCACUCGGCAUCUUCUGACCCGCAAACGCCUGCAUCGCAGAGGUUCAUCUGAUCAACAUCCUCGCUGCUUCUGUCGCUCAGCUGAAAGUGCAAGAAUGUGACGAGGCUGCCAACGGAAAUGAUGAAGCUGGUUCUCGCAUCUUUGAGAAGACGAACAUCUACAUCAAUGGUCACACCACGCCGCCAUAUACCGAGCUUCGUCGACUUCUGCUAUUGCACGGUGGCUCGCACAUGGCAUAUCUGGACACCAAAACGCCUUGCACCCACAUCAUCGCCUCUUCCUUGACACCCAAGAAGCGCGUCGAGUUCAAAGACUAUCGCGUCGUCCUGCCCGCAUGGGUGACGGACAGCAUCAAAGCUGGUCGUCUGCUAGACUGGCGAAAAUAUCGAUGCGGAGCAGAUGCCUCCGGUGCCAUGCAUCCCGGCUCAAUCUCUGCAGGCCGAGCAAAUGCACCGGCCAGACCUUCUGCAAUGGGUGAUCUUGCUGGUCGAAAAGAUUGGAGAAGCUUUGGCGCCUCUCAGGCGGCGUCACAGACCGUCGAUGGUGCAGGGUCUGUCGAUGUGCAGCCGUCAGGCUCUUUGUAUGACUCGAGUCAAGCUGGAGGUGUGGUACCUCCUUCUACAACGCCUUGGGGGCGCGAGAGCGCCCAAAGACGAUUGACCUCGUGGCACGCGGGAGCCCGGCACGAGGACGAGAGCAGUCAGGUGAGGGCAAAAGAGCCCGAGAAGGCUGGUCAGACCGAGAUUGCAGCAGCAGUCUCGCAAAGGAGUCUAAUCGAGUCAUCAAGGUCUCCUGCAGGAGCAGACAGACAAGGCUCUCCGCCAGUCACUCCGACGAAGCCGCGCAUUGAGUCCAGUGGCGACCAAGUGUCUCCGCGGACUUGGCUGGCAAACUUAGAGACGCCUGAAAAGCCGAAAACACCGGGAAACUCUGUGCAGCUCGAUGAUGAGGCACCGACACCUUGUCUCACUGCCGAGCUGGAUGCAGAGGAGCCUCUCUUGUCCACUAAAGCUGAAGGUCUUGGUACCUCCGAGUCAGCGCGAAAACCAGUCGCUAGAGCGAUCCGCCCAUCGACGCCACCUGCGUUCCAUGGAUACUCUUCUAGGCCCUCUCAUCUUUCCGCUGCUCGUUUGCUGGCGUCUCCGUCGUGGAGAGAGAAGCACACGGCGACAAGUGACUCUUUUCUCGCCGGCUACUUCGACAAGAGCAGGUUGCAUCAUUUGAGCACGUGGAAAGCUGAGCUGCAGGACAUGGUGGCUCAGGCAAUGAAGGAGUCUGGAAGAGGAGUGGAGGGCAGCAAAGAUCUGCCGAGUGGAGUCAAGCGCGUCAUCAUGCACGUUGACUUCGACUCUUUCUUCGUCAGUGUCGGGUUGAGGAAUCGACCAGAACUGCGCGACAAGCCAAUUGCAGUGUGCCACGGUGCAGGGGAAGGUGGCGAUAUUGCUUCGAGCACUUCCGAAAUAGCUUCCUGCAAUUACGUGGCCCGCAAGUACGGCGUGCGAAACGGCAUGAGCUUGGGUCAGGCGCGUAAGCGCUGCGCAGAGAUCGCUACUAUUCCCUACGACUUCGAGGCCUACAUGGAAAUCUCGAUCCACCUCUACUCGAUCCUUCUCGCUCACGCUGAUGUUGUCGAGUCUGUCAGCAUCGAUGAGGCUUUGCUAGACGUUAGUCUGCUUCUCGAUAGCAUGCGCAAGGAGCACGCAAAAGACGCCCCCGAUUGCGAUGCUGGUGACUGGCGCACGCUUUUGGCCGCAUAUAAAGGGCAUACUAGCACUCAAGGAGAAGCUUGGUCAGAAGAAAAACAGCUAGCAGAGGCAUUCAGGGACGAGGUUCGGCGUCGUACGGCGUGUGAGGUCAGCAUCGGGAUCGGCGCCAACGUCUUGCAGGCGCGACUUGCGACCCGCAAAGCGAAACCUGGUGGUUCCUAUCAUCUACAGGCCUCUGGGGUCUUGCAAUUCACAGCAGGACUCGAUGUCGACGAUCUGCACGGCGUCGGCUGGAGUCUACGGGCAAGGCUCAAGGACCUUUUCGGCACCGCAAGAGUUGGCGAGCUGCGAUCGCUGGUAAAGCAGAAUCGCCUCAUGGCCGAGCUUGGACCCAAGAUGGGCCGCGUAGUGUGGGACAAGAUGCACGGACGUGAUCGAGACAGACUAGAAGGCUAUCGUCAGCGCCAAAGCUUGGGAGCUACAGUCAACUAUGCUAUUCGUUUCAAGAGCAUGCAAGAGUCUGAGGACUUCAUACGCCGCCUGUCGGAAGAGGUAUCUCAACGUCUCAGAAAAGCCAAGCUCCGUGGGCGUCAGUUGUCUGUCACGGUGAUGGUCCGUGCUCCAACAGCACCAGUGGAGGCCCCGAAGUUCAUGGGCCAUGGUAUCUGCGACACGUUCAACAAAAGCACCCCAGUGUCGGGCUCAGCGGCUAUCGACGAUGCUGACUCCAUCUUCAGAUUGGCAUGGCCAAUGAUCAGCAAGGUUGCGCCCGACGCAACACAACAACGUGGUCUAGGCAUCAGUUUGCACAAACUUGAGCCGAGCGAUGGCAGUGUCCUUCCGCUACCCAGGUCGGCGCCCGGCCAGCAGCUGCUUAGCUUUGGAAAGCGUGCGCAGCAGCCUUCUGCACAGAUCGCGUCUCGCAGCCCACAAUGUCGCAAUUCGCGCGCAGAGCCGUCCUCAGAAAGCGAAGACGACGAGGACGCCCAGCAACACGCCACAAUGCUCCACGCCGGGCCGGUGGGUAGGGCAGCGCGAUCGCCGAGUCCUCGUGCACGCCGCAUUAAGCCUUCAGGACAGAUCCGGGACUCGAGGGACAGUGGCCUCGUUGUCUCGGACGAUGAUGUCGCACACAAAGACGGGCGUCAAGUCCCUGACCAGGCUGAUGUCAGGAUGCCAGUAGGAACCCAAUUCGCAAUUCCUCCUUUGUCGCAGAUAGAUCAAGAAGUAGUGGCUGCUUUGCCGACGCAGAUUCGCAGUCAAGUCAUAGAUAGUCUGGCCCGGUCUAGUGAGGGUCACGCAAGCACUUCUCGAGAGCUCCAAAGAAGACCAGCGGAGCCAAUUGCAGCACGACGAGCAAAUUCUGCUGAACCGAGUCCUAGCUCUCAACGGGGUGCCGAGGCCAUCGAAACUGUCGAAACUGUCGAAAGCCCACGGCGAGGGCUAUUGCCACUCGAUUCUCCUGCUCGAGCUUCUUCCACGACCCCAAGCAAGAGGCACAAACAGAGGGGCAUACAAAGCGCAUUCAAAAUCGCGCACGCUAUCAGCAUGCCUAGCUUCUCGCAGCUCGAUCCGAGCGUACUGGAAGCCUUGCCAGAGGAGCUGCGCACCGAAGUGUUGCGUGAAGCCGGGAUAAGAUCGCGCAGUGCGGCUGGCAGCUCGUUGAUGGGUGCGCGACGUGCCGCCUCGAUCUCACCCGUCAAACGAGCUGGCCUACUUUCGGCGGCGGCCGCGAAGAGUCACGAUCUAAUGUCUACAUCGCGAGUCAGCUCUAAGAUGUCCAAGAGCGUCGAGACUGUUCCUGUUCCUCUCGGUCAGCCGCUCGCAGACGUCGCGAUCCAAAUGGCCGAUCCGACUCGGCUGUCUAGCAAAGAGCUAGAAGCACUUGAGAUCGACCCCGACUUCUUCAGAGCACUGCCCGUAAACAUGCAACGUGACAUUGUAGUGGAGCAAAACAGCAUCAUGGAAUCCCGCCGAACGCGGUUCAAGGGAGCUCGACACGCUGAGGAGCGGACGCGCGCGCAACAGCGUAGGGAAACCGCGCUCAAAGCGGCUGGAGUGGGCUCAGCGCAGCUAGAUAGUGUCGUGAGACAAGGCAUGCUCGACUUGUCCAGUCUGGACUCCUUGCCCAACUUGAUUCGCGCCCAACGCAAUUCUGAAGCAUUGCCGAGCGUGAAAGGGUGCUCCACAAUCGAAGACGUCACGUGGCUGCUUGGAGAAUGGUUCAAUCGUCAAAAGGAAUCUGGACCUCGAGAAGGCGACGUCGCUCGAUUCCGAGCCUUUCUCAAAUCGUGCGUAGAAGAAGAUUCUUCCAUCGCUCACCAGCACCUCGAUUUGGAGAAGGCUGCUGGUGUGCUCAAAGCUUGGCGCAAAUUGCUCCUUCAAGCGAAUAUGCUCCCGGCCACAGCCCAGCAACAACAAUCCAACGCGGUCGACGGGCCAGACGAAGGCUCCGCUGCUGUGCUCUGGUGCGCAGCCUUCGAUGCGGCACGCAAGGAUGUCGACGAGCGCGUACGCAAACGCUUUGGCUUUGCUCUUUCCCUACAGUGA